GUCAUUGAAAUUGACGCACUUUGGAAAUUUCUCCUGAGACAUGCCAUGCGGAUAACUGCAGGUGAGCAAGAGGAUGUAGUUUGUCCUCUAGUCUCAAUAACCCUGGGAAUCAUGGUAGUAGCACUGGGGCUUCUAUUACCAUUCCCAGCAGUAGCGGAUACCAAGGCUGGGUCUGCCACAGGGGCGUGA